AUGACUGUGAUCUUCCAGCUGAUGGCUUUCUGCCUGGGUCUCCUCUCCACCCUCCUCCUGGUCAUAGCCACCUGCACCGAUUGCUGGAUGGUUAAUGCUGAUGAUAGCUUGGAGGUCAGCCUCAAAUGCCGGGGGCUGUGGAGGGAAUGUGUCACCAACGUGCAGGAUGGCAUCAGGACUUGUGACCAGUAUGACUCCAUUUUAGCAGGCCAUCCAUUGAAGAUCGUGGUGACGCGAGCACUGCUGAUCGCAGCUGACAUUCUGGCGGGCUUGGCUUUGAUUACGCUGCUGUUGGGUCUGGACUGCAUCAAGUUUCUCAAGGAAGCGCCCCAUAUCAAACUGAAGAUGUGCUACAUGGCUGGGUUAACCCUUGGCCUUGGAAGCGUCCUUGGCAUGGUCGGCUCCGUGUGGUAUGCGGUGGAUGUCUAUGUGGAGAGAGCUACUCUGAUAUUACACGACGUAUUCCUGGGGAUCCACUACGACUUCGGGUGGUCUUGCUGGCUGGGAAUGGUUGGUUCGACAGGUUGCUUUAUGGCAUCCAUCAUGCUAACCUGCUGCCUUUAUAUCUUCACAGUUUGGUUCAAGCCAGUGAAAGAAGAACCUGUCAACAAGGCAACAGCCAGAGCCUCCAGGGCGUCUGGAUGGGCCGAGCUGCUGCCUCCAGAGCAGAAGCCCUCAUGUGGCUGGUCGUCAGAAGUGCUGGACCCCCACACAUUGCACUGA